UUCCUCAUUUCCUCAUUUUGUGAGCUUCGCUGAUUCAUAUCGUCAGAGAUCAGUGAAGAGUGUCGUAAUUGUUUACAAAUUGUCAAUAUUUGAACAGUAAGACAAACUCCGUCCAUCUCCUCAACAUGGCAACAACAAUUAGCACGCAACGGGGACAGGUCUAUAUCGGUGAGUUGCCGCAGGACUUCUUGCGGAUCACCCCCACUCAUCAGCAGCAGCAAGUGCAGUUAGACGCACAGGCUGCACGACAGCUGCAGUACGGAGGCUCUCUCGGAACGGCUGGUCGCCUCAGCAUCACAGUAGUACAGGCAAAGCUUGCAAAGAACUAUGGCAUGACACGCAUGGACCCUUACUGCAGGAUUCGACUGGGGUUUGCUGUCUAUGAGACGCCAACUGCUCACAAUGGAGCAAAGAACCCCCGCUGGAACAAAGUCAUCCAGUCCACUGUCCCACCUGGGGUGGACUCCUUCUAUCUAGAGAUCUUUGAUGAGCGGGCAUUCUCCAUGGAUGAUCGCAUUGCGUGGACACACGUGACAAUCCCAGAGAACCUGCGAGAGGGCAGUGUUGUGGAUGAAUGGUACAGCUUGAGUGGAAGACAGGGCGAUGACAAAGAGGGCAUGAUUAACCUCGUCAUGUCAUUUGCUUCAAUGCCAGCAGGAAUGAUGAUGCAGCCUCAGCCUGUGGUUCUGAUGCCUACAGUAUAUCAGCACGGUGUUGGCUAUGUGCCCAUAGCAGGUGUCCCAGGUAUGUACAACCAAGGUGUGGUGCCCAUGGGGAUGCCAGCUGUACCUCCUGUUGCACCACAGAGUGCCCCGUGCAGUGAGGAGGACCUUAAAGCCAUUCAGGACAUGUUCCCUAACCUGGAUAAGGAAGUGAUUCGCACGGUGUUGGAGGCCCAACAGGGCAACAAGGAUGCUGCCAUAAACUCCUUGCUACAGUUGACAGAGGAGCUUUAACUGAAGAACUGUCACUCAGCCGUUGAAAGUACAACUGAACCAACAAUGUAGAACAUUAUACCAAAAACAAAACAAACACAAAAAAACCCUGUAAAAAUGCACACUUAAUUGUAGCAAGUAAAUCUAACAGCUUUAUUGUCUUUGUUAAAUCAGCAUUCAAAAUCAGAAUGUGUCUGGAAAGAUAUAGAGGACGUAAAAUGAUUUUGUAAUGGAGUUGUUGGCAAAGUUGUGUCCUUUGUGGGCAAUACGCCAUAUCUGUAUUCUACUGACCCCGUGUCUUAAAGAUGUUUGAUAUAUGCUCUUGUCUGUUUGAAUUUAGAUGCAUAAAUGUAAAUGAUUAUAAUUUAUUUUGAAGUAUAUUAAAGAGAUUAUCUGUGUA